AGAGUGUGUGAGUCGAAUCCUCUCUUGCGCACGCGCAGUUGGGGCGCGAGGCUGUGGAGGGGGAGAAAGAUGGCGGGCGGUUGGCCGGGCCUGAAGGACGACUGCGAGGCGCUCCUCGGCGCCUUCCGGGAAACCGACAGCGUCCGCUUCGAGGACUUCGCCUCGCUAUGGCGGCAGCGGCGCUUCCACACCAUCUUCUAUGGGAAAAUAAGAGCUCUGGAGCAGAACAAGUUCACCAAAGAGUGCCUGGCUCUCGUCUGGCCCUACUUCUUGCCUCCUCACACUUUCCAGAUCCGAGUUGGCGCUCUUUAUCUCCUCUACGGGUUGUACAACACGCAGCUCUGUCAGCCGAAACAGAAGAUCCGAGUUGCGCUCAAAGACUGGUCUGCCAUCAUGAACUUCCAACAGGAGCUGUUAAAUGCCGAACAUUAUGAUGCCGCUUAUAUUUUCAGGAAGCUUCGUGUGGACAAAGCUUUCUAUUUCACAGCGAUGCCAAAGUUGCUUUCUUUCAGGGCUAAAAGGGCAUCACACGACGCAGCUGAGAUAAAGAGGGAAUUUAAGGACCCAAGCGACCGAGUUUCCGAGCUUGCAACCAAUGAUGUCAUAGAGGAACUUGAAAAUGUCCAUAAGCACUACCAGAGAAUGAAGUGCCUGAUCUCCAUGGACAAAACCCGGCCGGACAAGGCUCUCGAUCUGAUAAAAGAUGACUUUGUUGUCAGUUUCAAGAAUAUGAUCCUGGAGCAUCAGCAGUGGCAGAAGGACAAACUGGAGCCGUCCUUAACGGUGAGGAGCAAAAAGGUGACCAGUGAAGAAGAAGGAACUUCUCAAGAGUCAGAGGCAUCUGAAAGAGCCAGAACCUUGGCCAGCAUCAAAGCGAAGUCUUACUCUACAGUUGCUCAGGUUUCCAAAUCGAGGCGUCAUCGUCAAGUUAUUCUGGAGUCUUCUGCAUCGGAGUCAGAUCAUGGAGUAAAUAAGUCGCCCAGAGCAAAAAACAACAGAAUAUUCCAGCCAGUGACGAAGGGAAAAUCUCUACGAAACGCAGAAACAUUGCAAGCAAUAAAGGCAGAAGGGGCUGUCAGAAGACUGAGUAUGCCUGUGAUCACAGAGGAUGCGGCUGAAGACAGGAAACCAAGAAUGCCUGUGAUCCCAGAGGAUGACGAUGACGACGACGAUGAAGUAACAGAUAAUUCUAGUGAUGAAGAGUUCCUCCCCGCUAAGAAGAAAAGGAUUCUUUAAAGGGUUGUCCAAAUGUGGAAAUGUUUGUGUUUUUAAAAAUUGAACUGUGAACGUUGCCAGUGAAAGGGACAGUGAAACGGAAAAAUGUUUUUUUUAUUUUUUUAAAAUUGAACUGUGAAAGGGACACAGACGGCCUGGUGCCAUCUUAAAAACAGCAAACACCAAUUCCCGUGUUAACAAAGCACAAAGCAAAAAGAAUCUCUGUAGAAAGAGAGCUUAAAUUAAGGAACCUAUAUUUGUACACUAUGCAUGUCCUGCAACGCAACAAGAGGGUUAUGUCCUUCAGAAGGAAUACUGUGCUUCUGUACCUUGACGUUUGCUGAUGAGUUGUUUCUUAUGUAUGUAUGUAAACUUGUACAGAGAUCUCGUGUUUAGCGUUCUGACAGAAAAAGUUUUUUCAGAAUCCUUUUACUGUGUACAGUACAUAGAGUUGUCAUCACAUCGUAAUUAUUGAUUUUGCAAUACCUGUGAUUGUAUAAAAUAUCCUGAAUAAAAUUAUUAUUAUUAUUUUGCAA